CUCAGUCUUCCUCUUCCAUUCUCAUUCUCUCUUCCCCCUCUCUCUGAGCUUCUCGUUGCUGUCUCCUUGCUCUCUUGUUGCUGUCAAGAGAUUUGUCUCGCUGCUCUCUCUCCUUGCUCUCUCCUUGCUCUGUUGUUGCUGUCUAGAGAUUGGUCACUUUCUCUCUCCGCUUAUACUCGUCCGACCAUGAAUUCUAUUGCGGCGAAGCCUGCCUGCGCAAUUCCACUGGACAGGCGUAGGGCUAAGGGUAAGGCCGUUCUCUGCACGAAAGGCGUUGAAUUGAAGCAGAUGCGCAAUAUUCUGGGCCCUAUGUCGCGAAUCAAGAUAGGGCCUCUCAAAUAUCACCAGUGCCAACCGGUCAAUGCCGAGAUUUAUCCGAAUAAAUUUCCAGCCAAUAAGAAAAGAUUUUCUGAAGAAUCUCCGAACAAGCCAACAGAUCCCCUGAUGAAAGAUACUUCCAGUGACUUGUUGAAUAACAGAGGAAAUUAUGUGGGAUCAGAAGACCAGAGUGCUUCCUCUGUGCGAACUGGUGUGGUAAAGAAAGUUGAUCCAAUCUUCAGCAUUGGACUCCAGUUGAUGAGAGCUGUAUCAGCCUGGUAUUCUGUGCUGCACAAGGAUGCUAUACCUUCUCUUAAAUGGUACAUUUCUUUGGUCUCGCUUUCUUGGCCAUUUUCAAGCAAUGUGAAUGGUGUGUUGCUUUCUUGAAGUCAGAAGUUGUUGUAGGAUGAGAAAAGUUAAUGUUCAUCAUGCGAUGUACAAAAUGAUGAUAUUCUUCAUAUCAUUGAUCCAUCCUUUCUUUCAUAAGCUAGUAUCAACUAUGGGAAUGCUGGAUCUGCAUCCAAUAACUCCUUCAAGUUCUUUUUCAACCACUGACUGUGUCUGGGCUCGUGAUGGUGCUGUUAUAAUAUGCUUCACCUCCAAAUAAUCUUUACUUCCUCUUAUUGCCAAUAACAAGUAUUUUUCUUUUUGGUAGUCUUCAGUGGGUGAUUUUUUGAGAAAGAUAGUUCUUUACUCUUCUGUGAAGUGAUAGAUCCUAUUUAGAGACAUGUGAUGGUGCAAGCACACAUGUACACCCACAGAGAUUUAAAAGGGGCACUCUGUAGGUUUCACUACCUUCUUCAAAGUCUCUGUCAUGCAAACCGAUACCAAAUGGCUGUUUUUUGGUUUGAUUAACCGCUCAAAACAUUUUAAUCAUAUCAGAUUUGCCAUAGAGUGGACAGUAUUGGAUCUGUAAAUAUAGAUGACUUUCCUGUUGGCUGAUCACCUGUUGCUUUUACUGACCAUACUUCUUACUAAGACUCCCCAGAAAAGCUUCUUUGUCCAUCUUUCUUGGCAAUAUUUUAUGUUUUCUCAAAUUGAGGAUUACAUUAUGUGAUAUUGGUUUCUAGGUUCAAAGGUUGUCUUGCAUUCCAGUAAUCAACAGAUCUUUUGGAUGUAGGUUCUAUUUAUGCAUUUUCUUUCCUCUCUGUGAUUGUCAUAGGCAGGGUCAAUGUGUCAAUUAUACGCCACAUUGACGCCUAAGUUUGGAGAAAUGUGGCUUUGGUAGUUCGUAGUUAUGGAUAUAACAUCCCAAGUGUUUA